CGCCAAGGGAGCAUCGCGGAAGUGUGGGGGCGGGUGCGCGCGCGCGGGGUGGAUCUGGGCGGUGGCGGGCGGCGUUUGUCACCGGUGGCGGCAGAAAUAGCAGGAGCAGCGGCACCGGCGCAAGGUCAUAGUUGCAGAGAUGGCUGAACAAGAGCCUACCCCCGAACAGCUGGCCCAGAUUGCAGCUGAAAAUGAGGAGGACGAGCACUCUGUCAACUACAAGCCCCCUGCCCAGAAGAGCAUCCAGGAGAUUCAGGAACUGGACAAGGAUGAUGAGAGUUUACGCAAGUACAAGGAGGCCCUGUUGGGAAAUAUUGCCAUCGCUGUUGAUCCCAGCACUCCAAACGUGGUGGUAACAAAACUGACUUUGGUCUGCGCUACUGCUCCUGGACCCUUGGAGUUGGACCUCACAGGUGACCUGGAGAGUUUCAAGAAGCAGUGCUUUGUCCUGAAGGAAGGUGUUGAAUACCAGCUAAAAAUCUCCUUUCGGGUGCACAAAGAGAUUGUUUCGGGGUUGAAGUAUAUUCAGCACACAUUCAGGAAAGGAGUAAAAAUUGACAAGACUGACUACAUGGUUGGGAGCUAUGGGCCACGUGCUGAGGACUACGAGUUCUUGACCCCCAUGGAGGAAGCCCCCAAGGGCAUGCUGGCUCGGGGCAGCUACAACAUCCGAUCCAAAUUUACAGACGAUGACAAGACAGACCACCUUUCCUGGGAGUGGAACCUGAACAUCAAGAAGGAGUGGAAGGAUUAGCCCUUCCCUAGCCAAAUCCUGAGAGUUGCUCAGACAGCGGCUACAGUAGAAACCCCCCGCCCCCACCCUGUACCAAAGUGCUGGCAUUGGAUACCCUCCCUUCCCUUUCCCAUUCUUAAGCUCAUCAGGAAGACCUUUUGGCUCAAUGCCCCACAUAUUUCCUCCCAAGAAUCACUGAAAGAAAUUGACCAAACCUGCACUGUCUGGCCCAAGCGCAGAGGUGGAAGUGCUCCCUCUCCUUUCUCUGGCCUCCCGAUUAUGAGGUCUGCUGCUUCUGACCCACUUUGAAUACAUUUCAGGCAGGUGCUGAAGGGGAAGCAACAUUCCUGCCUGCAGGGGAGAGGAUUCGGAGGCACUCCUGUCUCUGGGUGAUGGGCAAGGUGCUGAGGAAUCGAUUCCAUGCAGAGCUGGGAACUGCCUGCUGACCCCCCCCUCCCAAUUGUUUCCAGGCUCAAUCAUGUUCAUGGCCUGCCCCUUCUCCUCCAGAGGCGUGGGUUGGCUUUCCAUUUGUGAUGGUUUCCUGUAACCAUGAUGCCUUAAUGUGUGUAACAUACAUCCUCCAGGGAGGGCUCCCCCCCCAACCUUGUUACACGUUUUUAUAUGUGCUCCUGUCCUGUCCCCCACACAUACCCCUCCCUCCCUCCUGAUUUUACAUCUUCCGGCCAGACCAUCCCCCUGCUGAGGCUGAUGUCUCCGAGGGCUUAAGCUGCUACCCUUACAGGCUCCCUGUGGCCAGAGAAGCGCUUGCUUCCAGCUAGGGAGGUGGGGCCUGUUGGUGGGCGUGGAAGUUACACGAGUGCCACUGUCAUCUCCAUGUUAGUUCUGUCACACCUAAACUGGCUGCAAAGCACUGAAGUCCCAGGGCGGUCCCUGGGUUUUCAGGGCUGGAAGAAGGAUUGGCCCAGCUCAGCUGCUCCUCACCUGAUCCGAACAAAAGAGCUUGCUAUGGACAAAUAUUCGAGAGCAGUGAAUGCCUUAUGUAUCUGUUCUGCCUUUGAAAUCAUGUGCCUGGCCUGUCAGUAUUUAUUAUUGCCUUGAUUAGAUGCUUCUCCUUCAUGAUGCCCGGACAGCCCUGCCACCCCCAGUAGAAACCCCACUGACGUUUGAAGGAGGAGGCUUCGCAGGGCCUGCUCUCUGUCAGGUGGGCACGUUCCAGCUCAGCAGCCCAACUCAGCGGGGCUAUUGCGAGUCCCAAACUUGUGUUAGAACUGGGACCAAGCGUGUGAGUGUGCGGUUCUCUUUCAUAGCUACGUCUCUGCCCCCGGCUCCUCUUCCCCACUCCGUCCCUUGCAGGAUUUUUUUUUUUGUUUUUUUUGUUAAAUUGAUUUGAUGCGUUUUUGUCUGAAAAUAUAAAGAUCUGGAUUAACAGAUUUGGAAUCAUCAGCUUCCCCUUUUCUGACGGUAAAAUAAAAUCUUGAAACUGACAA